AUGACGACUUUAAAUCGUUGUUCGAAAUGUUCUACAAGUGUAGGAACAUGUACUUGUGCAGGAUGCAAAGAUUAUUUUUGUACGAAGCAUUUUAUUGCACAUCGAAAAGAAUUACAAGUGAAUCUCGAACAUAUUACUGAUACUCAAAAUCGUUUACUGAAACAAUUCAAUGAGAAUAAUCAUUACAGUGGUCUACAAAGUUCACUUUUUACUCAAAUCGAUCAAUGGCAAAGUGUAAUAAUUCAAAAAGUUAAUCAAACAGCAGAUAAUAUUCGUCAACAAGUUACACAAAUGCUCAAUGGACAACGUGAGGAAUCCAAAGUAAAAUUUCAGGCAGUAGUAGAUGAACUUCGAAAACGAAAAGAAGAAGAUGAUUUUGUGGAAGAUGAUCUCGCACGUCUGAAGAAUUCUAUUGAUCAACUUCAGCAAGAACUCGGAGAAGUACAACAACAUCCAUUCUUAGAGUUACAUGUAGAAAGGAGUGAACAUAUAGAUUGGAAUCGUUUGAUCUAUCUCGAAUAUAAAUCUAGUGAUACGAAGAAGAAAAAGAACUUGGAAGCCAAAAGUGAAACAUCUCAAGGAUUUGAAUACGAUGCUCAAUCAACAUCAACAUUAAAAUCAAAAUGUAACAAUCAUUCAUAG